ACUAUUUUCAUUGUGAUGAAAAAGCAUUACAUACAUGCAUACAUACAAGUACAUAGAACUAGUAUUAUGUCAUUUUUGAACACAGAAAGCGAUUUGUUAGACUUCCAGCUGUGUGUGUGUGAGGGAGGGGCAUUAAAGAGGGCAGGGCACUUGCGUGCAUGUUUAGACCAACCUCAAGAGCGACAUGUACAUUCACACUUGUGUUCAUUACUUAUCACUGUUCUUGUCGAGCAGAGAAACAUGUAAACCAAAUUUAUUGGAGAUACAUGUAUCUCUACUUUAAGAAGUCAUCUUAACAUAUCUCCAGUAAUGCUUUAACCUUACUUAUAGUUUAAUGUUCAUCACAAAAUGUAAGACUGUUAAACUUGUGUUGACUUACUGGUUAAUUUUCUAUACAUAUACUAUAAUACGCUUGUAACGACUAAAGAAAACUCAUUUAACUUAACUCAGUAUUUCACCAUUACAGCUUUUUCAGGAACUAUAUAUAUCCUACAAGUUUACUAAUCCAGUUGGAUUAGUAGACUUGUAAAAUAUUGAUAGCUCCUGAUGAAGCUGUAAUAGUGAAGUAUUGAGCUCAUAAACAUAUAUUCUGGAGAUAUAGAUUAUUAUUUUAUUUAGCAUAAUAGAUUUAUCUUGUAAUAAACUCCAGUUUGCAUUAAAAUUAGGAAUGAGUCACAUAAAUUCUAUUGUUAAUUUUGUAAACUACAGUUUAUUCAUUUCAGUGUUCAUUUUGCUUGCUGCAAACAAUAGUCUAGUUUGUACUUGAGCUGUAUUUAGUAAGUUAUUUUGCUUUACCUGUCACAAAUAAGUUUACCUGUAUUUUUAUUGAUGAAUUAGUGUUUCAUUUUGUUUGCAAUACUUAUUUAAUUAUUCACUUUACUUGUAACCAGGAUUAAGAAAAGUCAUAUACAUGCACUAAAAAUUUGGUUGAUUUUCUUCAAAAUGAAGUGUUAUUUAAAAGAAAAAAAAAUAUUAAAUUACAGACCUUGCCAAAUAAUGAUAAAUACAGUAUUCUAGAAAUCAGAAUGGUUAACUUUUACAUAAACACAAAACAUUAUUAUUGUUAAUGCACUGUUAGUUCUUAUAAAAAAGAAUGCCUGUUAUCUUGUUGUAUUUCCCCAUUUAUUUUUAUAUAUGGACAAGAUAUAUGGCUGGAUGGACAUUCUAGUUAGUUUCAUAUUCUGAAAUUACUGUAUAUUACUUGGACCUGGUAUAAAAUUUUUCUAUAAAAACAUGCAGAAAACUGCAAAAAAAAAGUGAUACCUUUUUAUCUGCAAAACUUAAGAAAUGUAUAAUAAGGAACCAUGGAGAACUAUAUGAAUAAAAUUCAGGAAACUUGUUUUUUUUUCUGCAUAGAAUAUAUGGUUGAAAUAUGGUUUAAGGAGUAACUUUGUGGGUGUGUUUCUUUCUGUGAAUCUGUGUUUUAAUAGAAGCUUGUGAGUAAGUACUUGUAACCAGUAAAGUAUAUUUUAAGAAUUACAAAUUUUACUUUCUGACAUGUAAUUGUGGGUGGGUGCUCUUUCCAACUAACUCAAAUACACAGUAAGUUAUAAACUAUUAAGAGAUGACCGUGAGAGCUGCACACAUGUUAAUGUACUAUAAUAUAUAAAGAAAGAAAUAUAAUUUUAAGAAAUAAAAACCUCACACGUGUAACUGCUCACGUAGAUGAGCUGAAGCUCUCUUCUUAUAUGCAAUCAUGCCACCUAGAGCAUAUAAUAGCUCCUCUGUGACCAGGCAGCACUGAAGAGUGAUGUUUAUUCUAGUGUCAAAUUACUUGACUUAUAGACCUAGCCGGUACUAUCAAAUAUCCUCCUAGAAACUCUCCCAGACCCAGGCACAACCAGUCUGCUUAAGAACUCACUAGAGACAGUAUUAGUAAAUCAGUGGGCACUGACUGGUUGUUUCAUCACAACCUAUGAGUGUGUAUUUGUAGAAGCAGUUAAGCUCACAUUUGGUAACUAGAGAUGGAUUUUUUUAGAGCAGCUAUAUGAACACUGUAUAAAACAAGUGAUUAGUAGUUCAUAGUAGGUAUAACCAAACUGAGCACUAGUAUUUUGAGAAUUGAUGGUGGUCUAAUCAAGUUUCUCAUAAAGAACAGUUAUUCCUAAUGCUGGAUUUUUAAGGUUUGUUGCUACAAUAUUGAAGAAGAAUAUUUUUGUGAAAACACUGAGUGUUAGAAGUAUGAAAUAUUAGGUUGCAGUUUUUGCACCUCAUUAACCUCUCUGAUAUGGUCUCCAACAGUAGUCUCCCUACUUCUAACAUAUCUAGCACUUGUGAUGGUUGUACUUUAACGCUGGAAUGGAAAACAUCUGUUAUCAUGGGAGUGGAAAUAAUGUGGACUUUGUUGACAAUAGUCAUCAAUAUUUUAACAGUUUUGGUCAUCUUGUUUCAUCGUCGCCUCAGGACAGUCACAAGCCAACUAGUGGUCAGCCUGUGUGUUGCCAACCUGUUAUUUGGAGUAUCCAUGGCCUAUCAUGCUGCAUACUUCUCUGUACCUGAGCAUAUUGAUAGCUGCAAAUACUGUUGCUUGCUGAGAUAUGUUCUUAUUUUGCUACCAGCCUAUGCUACAGCAUAUAAUCUUGCUGCCAUCAGCUUGGAUCGGUACCUGGCUAUAUUUUAUCCUUUGCACUACACUCAGCUGACCAAUCCCCGUAUAAUAAAGUCAGUUGUGUUAUUUGUGUGGUUUCUGUCUACCAUACUAGCCUUACUGCUACUGGUGUGGAACAAGUGGGCUCCUGACCAGAAGUGUGACUACCUUGCAGUGGCUCCAAAAGAGUAUAUUCUCUGUUUUAUGGUCAUUCCUGCAUUUAUGAUUUUUGCUUUUUUAGCAUUUGUGCAUACACGUAUUUGGUUUGAGGUUCGAAGAUUGCUGCAUCAUACCAUUGCUAUUAUCCACAAAUCAUAUAGUCUACAGAAGGAAAUCAAGACUGCUGUUACAGUGAUUGCUAUUGUUAUCAGCUACUGUGUAUCCUUUCUUCCAUAUCACAUGGUUUUGCUAGUGAUCUUGUCUGGCAAGGAUAGUGAGAAACUGCACCAGUUGUACACAGCUUUGGUACCUUUGACUUUUCUUAACCCAUGUGUUAACCCAUUGAUAUAUGUUUGGAGAAACAGACAUUUCAGAAAAGCUCUCUUUUCUAUUUUAGGAUACGGAGCCUCUUCCAGACAUCAACUAACUCUUAGACCCAUGUAUACUGCAAAAAUUUUGACUCCUGAAGUAUCCACUUCUUAAUGAUAAACUGUUUUACCUGACUAAAAAGAGCUUUUUUUAUCAAUCAGGGACUGAAUAUUUAUACUACCUUUUCGAUAUGAUAGAUUUUACUAUCACUUUCUAUUCUGAAGUUUUAGUCAAUUGCCAGAUCUCAUCAUUUACUGUUUAACUUUGAUAAUGUUAUUUCUGUUUUAUUGACAAUCUCCUGAUCUCCCUCUUCAUUGUGCAUUGUUUAAUGAACUCUAAAAUGUUCCAGUAGCUUAAAUAAUAUUACUAUUACUAUAUCUUGUGUUUUUGAAACUUUUGAUUGAAAUUCAAUUAGAAAUGAGUCUGAAACCACACAUUUUAAAUUUAAUAAGUUUUCUCUUUAUGUAAUUCUUAUACAUUUACACGUAGAAAGUACUGUCUUUCAUUAAUCUUAAAUUAUACCUUAACAAAGGUUAUUAGAAAAGGAGAGUAUGGCUAAUAUUUUAAUAUGUGAUAAUAUCUGAUAAUAAUUAUUUUAAGGAAACUCAUUUUUUUCCUAAUUGUAUUUAGUAUUUUGUACAAGGUUCAUAUAAAGGUAUUUUGAUAUAUGUACACAUACGCUGGAGUAAAAUUGUGUAUGUACUUACUUUCUUAUUUAGUUUCAGUAACAUAAUGUGGCAUUCUGUUUGGGUGUAAGGUGUAACUUAAUAGUGAAUCUGUGGUAAUGAAUUUUGAGUAUACAUGCAUACAUUUAGUAACCCCAUGUUUGUUUGUUUUUCAUAUGCACAAAUAUGUUUCUUUCAGGCUUAUGGCUAGAUUUGGUGGGCUCGUAUACACAUACUUUCAGGUCUUUAUCAUCAGGAAAGACUUGUAACAAGAUAUAACACAAAAGUUAUUGGUAAUCACUGAUCACUUAAUUGAUUCUAUGGGAUGUUUUUGAUCAGUGACAUUUAUUAUAAGAUAACAAUCAUUAAUUUGAAAAGAUCCUUAGCUUAUAGAUCUUUUACAAGUGUGUUUGACAGAUGAUCAGGUUUCACUAAUGUUCAUUAAUGUUAUGCUGUUUAUUCUACAUGCAUCUUUUACUUUAGUCAGAGGCUAAAAUUGUAAUAAUUAUGAAUAUUAUCUUAAAACCUAAUUGUUAUUACAUUUAAUGUUCUAACUUAUUUAGUUCUUCCCAGUAUAGAAUUUUGUUUUAGAGCAAUAACUUGUCUUAUUUAGGUAUUGACUACAUGUACAUUUUCAAUAUAAUAAAAGUGAAGUUUUGGGAUUAAGAUUAUUUAAUUCUUAUUUAUUUGGCCAAAUAAUUGUAUAUGUAUUUUUUAUAUACUGCCAGGAAGAAAAAUGUGUAGAAAUCAUUAAAGUUGACAAACACUGUAAACAGUUAGUAUUGUUUAUUCAUGUAAUGUUUAAAAUGUUCAAACAAAAUAAAAAAAUACAUUGUUUAAGA